UCAUGGCGCGUGGGUCGCAGAGGCUCCUGCUGCUGGUGCUGUGGGCGCUGGCGGCUCCGCGGAGGGCCGCUUCUGGGCUGGCGGGCGACGGGGGUUGGCAACGGGGUGGGCCGGGGGCGCCGGCGGCCGUGGCCGAGGAGGAGCGCUGCACUGUGGAGCGCCGGGCCGACCUCACCUACGCCGAGUUCGUGCAGCGUUACGCCUUCCACAGACCUGUCAUCCUGUCGGGCCUCACAGACAACACGAGAUUCCGCGCCCUGUGCUCCCGGGAUAGGUUGCUAGCCUUGUUUGGGGACAGGGUGGUUCGGCUGAGCACAGCCAACACCUUCUCCUACCAGAAAGUGGACCUGCCUUUCCGUCAGUAUGUGGAACAGCUGCUUUGGCCCCAGGACCCUGCCUCCCUGGGCAAUGACACCCUGUACUUCUUCGGGGACAACAACUUCACUGAGUGGGCCCCGCUUUUCCAGCACUACUCCCCACCCCCGUUUGGCUUGCUGGGCACCACCCCUGCUUACAGUUUUGGAAUCGCAGGAUCCGGCUCUGGUGUGCCCUUCCACUGGCAUGGCCCUGGGUUCUCAGAGGUGAUCUACGGCCGAAAGCGCUGGUUCCUGUACCCCCCAGAGAAGACACCUGAAUUCCACCCCAACAAGACCACACUGGCCUGGCUGCAGGACACAUAUCCUGCCCUGGCGCCCUCCAACCGGCCCCUGGAGUGCACCAUCCAGGCUGGGGAGGCACUGUAUUUCCCUGACCGCUGGUGGCAUGCCACCCUGAACCUGGAGACCAGCGUCUUCAUUUCUACCUUCCUGGGAUAGCUGGGUGGUUGCUGGCCUGUUUCCUUCACCCAGUCGACUGCACACACCAUGAGUGCUCACAGACUUUAUUACAGGGGUGAGGUGGCCCUGGCCGCCUACCUUCACUGCUGUUAGGGGCCCAGAGUAGGACGGGGAGGCUCUGGGCCCAACAGCAGAAAGGUGGGCGGGCUGGGGG